CCUCCGGUCCGGUUUUGAAAACAGAACUUGUCACCAUAAUCAUGUCCCUUUUAUCACUUUGUAUUUUCUUAUCAACAUUUCCAAACCAACAAAAUAAACCAGAAGUCAAGGCGCCUAGCCAACUGCCAAUGGAUUCUCCUUUCCCCAAUCUCCAUAUGAUUGUAGUUUCUCUUUCCAGUUGGAAAAGAAAAGGCCAGUUGCCUUUUCUGGUGGAUUCCUUGUUCACUCGAAACAAUUUACCCACGCAACAGAAGAAGAGAAGAAGAAGAAGAUUCACACAGAGGUCGCAUCAGCGACAGCUUCAGAUACUUCUUUUCUUCUCCUAUCCUCUCCUCUUCUUUCUCCCCGCAACUUGACCAAAAAUAUCUUCGUAUCUACCUAACAAUUGGUUUUCCAUGGUUUCUGACCUCUUUCGCUCCAAUUGAGGAUUCAUGUUCUGAGCUAUAUUUCCUUUUCGUUCUCCGAGGGCUCUCUUCUCUCUGGUAAAUGGCAGAUGCUAUCCUGUUGCCAUCUUUUCGGGUUUCUUCCUCCCUGCUUACCACGGCCUCUGCUUCCACCUUGAAUUCCUCUUCCCAGCCCGCUAUUUCGCCCCUUAGCUCGUGUUCGGACAGGAGGGCUUCGCCCUUUCUGUUCGUCUCUUCUGAUGGCGUCUCUCCCUUUGUUCCAGCCCCAAAGAAGCAAUUCCACUCCUUAAAGGUACAUGCAACUAUUGCUGAGACAGACCAGCCAAAAUGGUGGGAGAAAAAUGCUGGCCCAAAUAUGGUUGAUAUUCAUUCUACACCAGAAUUUUUAAGUGCCUUGAGUGAAGCUGGAGAGAGAUUAGUUAUUGUGGAAUUUUAUGGAACAUGGUGUGCUUCUUGCCGAGCAUUGUUUCCCAAGCUCUGCAAGACCGCCCAAGAACACCCGGAGAUUCUAUUCCUGAAGGUCAAUUUUGAUGAAAACAAGCCAAUGUGUAAAAGCCUGAAUGUUAAGGUGCUUCCUUUCUUCCAUUUCUACCGAGGGUCUGAAGGUCAACUGGAAGCCUUCUCUUGUUCGCUUGCUAAGAUCAUUGUAGGGAAUCUCAGAAUAGGCUCUCAUGACCAGCCGAAAAAUUCGAACCCCAUUGACCAACUUCAGCUGAACUUUAGUAUAAUCGAGGUUACUGAUGUUACUUGCUGCACGCCAACUUAUGCACGAUCCUUCCCUCCGAAACACGGUGAUUUUGCAGUUUCAAAAGAUAAAAGGCGCAAUCGUGAAGCACAGCACAGAACGUUGCAGCAUUGGUCCACCAAAGGGCGUAGGAGAGCUCACUCUCGAUUCCGUUUCUGCUCCGAAGGACAACCUUCCUUCAUGAACCAGCAUUCUUUCUUCCCUACACGUAUAUUUAUUCUCCAGGAUUUGCGAGCUGGUAUUGACUUGAAAUUAGCCUCCAUUAGAUCGGGAGAAAUGACGAGAUACGGAACAAUUCCAUCUUCGUCGCAAUCACAGCAGCCGCCGUCGUCGCCGUUUCCUUCGUCAACGAUCCCACCCAUCUGGGCUCAAAAUAUUAGACCCACCGUCGAGAACCUCAUCGCCACCGCCAGGCCAUGGAAGCUCAUGAUCCAACCCCAAUCCCUCACACUCCCAGCCACAUUAAACCAAUCCAUCGACAGAAUCAACGCCAACGUCGCCUUCUUCCGCAGCAAUUACGCCAUCCUCGCCGCAUCUGCCCUGUUCCUCUCCUUGCUCUGGCACCCUGUCUCCUUCAUCCUCUGCCUCGCCGUCGCCGCGGCGUGGCUGUUCCUCUAUGUCCUCCGGAGCGGCGAGGAACCCUUGGUGGUUAAUGGGCAGGUCGUCGGCCAGAAGACGGUGGUGUCGUGGCUGCUCGCCGGCACGAUUCUGGUGCUUUUGUUUACGGAGGUGGCGAAGGACAUGGUCGUGGGGUUGUUCUCCGGGAUUGCUUUGAUCGUUGCCCAUGGAGCGUUGAGGGAGACCGACGACCUGGUGGCGGCCAUCGGCGGUGGAGCUGUGCAGGAUCCCGAAGCGUUUGGAUCGUCGUCGGCGGUUGCAAUUCCCGGCUCGUACCAAGCCGUCGGCAAUAAGAACAUUAACAUGUAG